UGUGGCAACUUUUUAAUGUAGAAACGCGUGUUGUCAUCCGAACAUCGUACUUCAGAGUUGGGGCAUAUCUGUCAUAUCCGCAUCGUACCUUGCUGUGCCGUAUCCCAAGUAGCAUGUCAGACGGGCUGAUGGAGAGGGUGAAGGCGCUGGAGGAGGAGAUGGAGAGGCUCAGGUCCCAGCUGCAGAGUAAAGAGGGUGGUGGUGGGGAGGUGAUACCCGCACCAGGGCCCUCCGAGAAGACGACCUGCACACCUGAUGGAGGCAACGGCAGCAGAAGGAACAAAAAAAGGGUCAAAGAGCGCCCUUUUGAUUUCUCUGCCCACCCUCGGCGCCAUGUGGCCCUUCGGCUGGCCUACUUGGGGUGGCCCUACCAGGGGUUUGCAGUCCAGGAGAACACGGACAACACGGUGGAGGCCAGAGUCUUCGAGGCCCUGCUGAAAACACGGCUGAUCCAAGAUCGGCAGAGUUCAAACUAUCACCGAUGCGGUCGCACUGACAAGGGAGUCAGUGCCUUUUCCCAAGUCAUAACUAUAGACUUGCGUUCCGCAAUGUUUUGCGGAGGAUUGGGUGUCACACUCCCAAACAGUGUGGAUGCAAAUACGAAGGCAAAAGAGGCGGACUCUGAGCUUCCGUAUGUCAAGAUGCUGAACAGAGUUCUCCCACCAGACAUUAGGGUGUUGGACUGGUCACCAGUGGCAGAGGGUUUCAGCGCACGCUUUGACUGUCAGUCCCGGACGUACCGCUACUAUUUCCCCCGUGGCUCCUUGGACAUAGCAUUAAUGGCAGAGGCUGCGAAAUGCUACGAGGGAACCCACGACUUUCGUAACAUUUGCAAAAUGGAUGUGGCUAAUGGGGUCCUGCAGUUCCAGAGGACCAUCCUAUCAGCAUUGGUCAAGCCUGCCCAACCUCAGCACACUUCCAGGGCAGACCCCUAUGACCUCUUCAUAUUUGAAAUCAAGGGACUUGCCUUCCUUUAUCAUCAGGUGCGGUGCAUGAUGGCCUUGCUUCUCCUCAUAGGACAGAAGUUGGAAGUCCCUGAAGUCAUAAAUCAGCUCCUGGAUGUUGACAGUUAUCCCAGGAAGCCUCAGUACAGCAUGGCUGUAGACUACCCGCUGGUACUGUAUGACUGCCACUUUGAAGGGCUGAGCUGGCAGCAAGAAGCUGAGGAGCUGAACCAUGUUCUGGCUGCACUGCAGCAGCACUGGACCCAGAGCGCAGUCAGGACCCAUGUCCUCCAAGGAAUGAUCCAGGGUUUGGAAGCCAGAGGUGGAGUGUCCUCUAGCCAUUGCUGGCUUGUGGAGGGCACCAGACAAAGAAACUACCGGCCCCUGCUGGAGCGUCCAUGCUGUGAGAGCCUGGAGUCAAGGAUAGAGCAUUUUUAUAAAAGAGGCAGGCUCGAACGCGAAGGAGGAGACAAUGGGAGUGAAAUGGUACAUAGGGGCAAAAGGUCCAAGAAUUCUCACAACUCUUCCAGUCUUCCAGCGGCCUUAGAAGUGCAGUCUUCAAACGAAAAUGAUGAACGGAAAAUGGGACAUUGAUUUCUUUCUCUUCUUUUUUUUCUUCAUGAAAUUAGAAUGGACUUGAC